UCCCGGUCCCCUUUCUGUCACCUCACAGUAGUCGUUGCCGGUGGCCGGUGCCGGGUCCCCUGCAGCGUUGGGCGGCCUCUCCCCCGCCCCUCAGGCCGGGCCGGGCUCGGUUCCCCCCUCCCCUGCUCCCUUUUCUCCCCACCCCGGGGAGGGGGGGUGCUAGGAGGUCCUAGCCGCUGCCGGGUGCCCCAGGGCCUUGGUGGCUGCCGCCACGGGUCCCAAUGGAGCCGCCCAAUCUCUACCCGGUGAAACUCUACGUGUACGACCUGUCCAAGGGCCUGGCCCGGAGGCUUAGCCCCAUCAUGCUUGGGAAACAACUGGAAGGCAUCUGGCACACCUCCAUAGUUGUGCACAAGGAUGAGUUCUUCUUUGGCAGUGGUGGUAUCUCCAGCUGUCCCCCGGGAGGAACACUGCUUGGACCCCCAGACUCUGUGGUUGAUGUGGGGAGCACAGAAGUCACAGAAGAAAUUUUUCUAGAGUACCUAUCUUCCCUGGGAGAGUCUCUGUUCCGAGGUGAAGCCUACAAUCUAUUUGAACACAACUGUAACACCUUCAGCAAUGAAGUGGCUCAGUUCCUGACUGGGCGGAAGAUCCCAUCUUAUAUCACUGACCUGCCCUCCGAAGUUCUCUCCACUUUGGAGUACUUCAUGCCUUAAACUGAGGAAUCAUUUUCAAAGCUGCUGCUCUGCAGCUCAUACCGAAGAAGCUCGUACCUGACAUGUGUUGCAGACACUUACUUCAGGGUGCUUUAAUCUUGGAAAGUCUCCUGACUUCAGUAUUUGUAGUCAUUUUUCUAGCUAAGUUACAUAGUGACAUUAACGCCUUCUAACAAACCUGGGCUGGGCUAUUUUUUUUCUGAAUAUUCUCUAUAUCGUCUGAACGACUUCAGUUUCCUACAUGAAUCUCGUUGUGCCCCCUCUCCUGACUUUCUAAGAUUCUUUUCCUUUUGCCUCAGCGUCCCUCGGUGUAACUUUAAAGAAUAACAGAAGUGCAUUGCACAUAGAAAGCUCAAGUCCCGGCAGGUAGCUAAUGUGUCCCAACCACAGCUUCUGGGGUCUCAGAGUUGUCAGUGGUAAGGAAGUGGGCCAGAGGGUGGACCCUGGAAGUGAGGCCAGAACAGGCUAGCUGAAGUGCUCUGUAACGGUCAGCGUUCUGUAACGGUAUAAAACGCCUAGGAAUGUCAGUUUAUAACGAGGCAAAGUAUAUUGUGGCUCAUAGUGACUAAGAAGUUUUAGUCCAUGGUCACGUGGCCCGGCUGCCUUUGUGCCUGUGGUAGGGAGCACAAAGGGAAGCAAAGCUGCUUAGCACAGGGUGGCCAGGAAGCAAAGCGGGGCAGAAGAGGGGCUGGGGUCCUGUGAUCACCCAGUAACCAGAUGACUGCCAGGAGCCCCACCCGCUUAGUGGUUCCGCGACCUCCCAAAUGUUUAUGGGCUCUAACACAUAGACCUUUGGGGAACACUUGUGCAAACCAUAGCUCCCCUAAAAAUACUGAUGUGUGAGGCUGUGAGCAAAUUCAACAAGGUACCCAGAAUCCUCCUUCCUUGUGUGGGAUACUGCCACAGCCAUGUCUCUGCCCGCUGGCCAUCUGUGGACAGGCCAGCCUCAAGAGCUCUCCUAGUUCAUGUCUG